AUAAUGUAACCAAGGUGAUUUUUGAUUACAAUCUAAAACAACCUUACACUGAGGAAUUAAGAAAAGUAGCUGUGUAGUGGCCAAGAGAGACUACGUGUAAAAUUUCCUGCUUUAAAGGCAGUUUUUCAAAAAUCAUUUAAUCAUGGCAGUCUUGCAAGAUUAGCUGUAUUAAUGAAACAAUGUAAAGGCGACUGGAAAGGAUUAUGUUAAUAUAAGUAUUACAUAUGGUGAAGGCUUAUUGAAUCCCUUGGGUAAACGAAUGCCGCGCGAUUAAGUAGCAUCUAAACCACUUGACUUUAAAGACGAGUCCUUUGGAUUGCAAAGAUUUCCCAAAUAUAUUACACAAACGAUCAAGUCAUUCCGAAAACUUAAUAUGGAAGAAAAUUUAACCGGCGAAAAAGAUGAUUUAGCAAAAGCAAAGAAGGAUUUAAUACUAAGGUUCGUAACGGACCAAGAACAACUACAGACCGGCCACACUCCUCCAAAAUCAGGCAAUAGCGAUGAAACAUUCGACAUAAUUGACAGUAUAGAAAUCCAAAAGGCCAGCCUUAGCAAUAUGCAAUUCGAUGAUAACACGCCACGAAAGCAAAAUGAGCACAGAUUAUUGAGUUUGUAUUCAAACGCUGCAGAGAACAGACCACGAAGUCGAACUAACAUAUCAAACAACAGGAGAAGUAGGAUAAGGGGUAAAAGUCCAGUGGGACUAAAUGAUCAAUUCAGGAGAGAGAAAAUAAAAAAGGAAGUACAAGGAAAAAGCUACAGCACCCUUCGUAAACACGAGAAUGAGUUUGGACGACUACGAUCGGCGCCGAGUUCACAAAAUAAACAAAAAGUUCAUACGAAAGAGCUUAACUUGCCAACAAAGAAAGCACCGUUAAGUAUCAUUCUGUCGAAAAAAAUCGAUGACCGUCAUGAAAUGACGUCGUUGACUUGCACAAAUUUCAAACGCCCUUCCAAAGAUAUCUCCACAGUAGAUAUAGCAUUACUUAAUCAACAUACUGUUCCUUCGAUAACAUCAGCUCACACCUUAAUGCAUUUGCCACCAAUUCCCACAGAUACGACAAAAAAACACCCUUCUACUUAGAAGAAGAAACACUCUGUCUCCAACAAUGUUUAUUUGUAGUAUUUAGUUGCUAGCUAAAUGUUAUAUUUCGGGCGAGUAUACAAAAAUAAGUUCAACUACAUAUAAAAACUUCAAAACGUACGAGAACGUUAAACAGGACCUUACACCAUAAAAAUAUUUUCCCAUGUAUUCACUUUCCGCCAUACAAAUCUAUUGUUACAAUAUGCAUGAUGUAAAAUGACGAGAUAGACAAAAUGCUGUGAUAAAUACAGUAAACGUUGUAUGAAAAGAACUCUUACACAGUUUUAUUUGUAUUAAACAAGCAUUUUCAAGUUGUA